AUGUCGAGGUCGAAGACGCCCGCGUUCAGCGGUGGUGGGGCGACGCACAAGGCGAAUCUGUACGGGGAGUCUCGGUUGGGGGUGCGAGGUGGUCGAGGGACGCGUGGGGGACGAGGCGGGCGCGGAGGACGGGGGUACGUCGGCGGCGACGGACGGGCAAAGGCGCAGAUCGCGGCGGAGGAAGACGCGUUGCACGCGGAGCUCGGGUUCGGGACGCACUCGGGUGGAGAUGAUCGAAUCGGAUGGUUGAUCAACGUGAGUAGCACGCAGGUGGAGGAUAAGGAGAGUGGGAAGGCGUUUGCGGCGGUGAAUCUGUACUUCAUGGAGCAGGACGGGUCGACGUUCAAGGCGCAGGUGAAGUACAAGCCGUACUUUUACGUCGCGACGAAGACGGGGUGCGAGCACGAGGUGGAGGCGUUGUUGCGACGGCGGUACGGCGAGCAGAUCGCGGACGUGGUGAUGGAGGAUAAGGAGGAUUUGGAUUUGAAGAACCACCUGAGCGGGUUGAAGCAGACGUAUUUGAAAGUCGAGUUUCUCACCGUGCAAGAACUCAUGGAUGUUCGUCGAGAAAUCUUACCCAUCGUGUCUAAGAAUAAAAAGAAAACCUCCGCGGCGUCGGCGUACGAGGCGUUGUCGCGUCAGGAGAGCAUCGACGCCGGCAAUAAGCCCAGAAAGCUGCAGCUGACGGAUUACGAGGAGGCCAUGGUGGACAUUCGCGAGUACGACGUGCCGUAUCACAUGAGAUACUUGAUCGACGAAAACGUGCGUUGCGGGAUGUGGUAUAACGUUCAUGUCGAGCAGGGUAACGCCCGGGUGACGUUACAAGAUGCCAAGUCAGGAAACGAUAUGCUUGAGGUGAAGGGGGAGCCGCGCGUGUGCGCCUUCGACAUCGAAACGACCAAGCUUCCACUCAAGUUUCCCGACGCCGAGCACGAUCAGGUGUUUAUGAUAUCGUACAUGCUCGACGGCCAGGGGUAUUUGAUCACCAACCGUGAGAUUGUGAGCGAAGAUGUGGAGGAUUUCGAGUACACACCGAAGGAGGAGUACCAAGGUCCGUUCAUCGUCUGGAACGAGGCAAACGAACAGGCUCUCCUACGCAGGUGGUUCGAUCAUAUGCGCGAGGCGCAGCCGAGCAUUUACGUGACGUACAACGGUGACUAUUUCGAUUUUCCGUUCAUCGAGACGAGAGCGAAGAAGAACGGCAUGGACAUGUACCGCGAAAUCGGAUUCAAGUGCGAGCAGUCUGGUGAGUGUCGCAGCACGUCGGCACUGCACUUGGAUUGCUUCUGCUGGGUGAAGCGUGACUCGUAUCUCCCGGCCGGUUCGCACGGUUUGAAGGCGGUGACCAAAGCAAAAUUGAAGUUCGACCCGGUCGAAGUGGAUCCCGAGGACAUGUUGCCGUUCGCGCAGAGUCGUCCGCAACACAUGGCUCAGUACUCAGUCUCAGAUGCCGUGAGCACCUACUACUUGUACAAGAAGUUCGUGCAUGACUUUAUCUUUGCGCUGUCGACCAUCAUUCCUCUAUCGCCGGACGAGGUGCUCCGAAAGGGAUCAGGGACGCUCUGCGAGUCUCUACUCAUGGUGCAGGCGUACGAAGGUGAGAUUGUCUGCCCGAACAAGCAAGUCGGCGCCGGAGAGCAAUAUUACAACGGGCACCUACUGAACAGCGAGACGUACAUCGGUGGACAUGUUGAGUGUCUUCAAGCGGGCGUGUACCGCAGCGAUAUUCCUUGCGAUUUCAAUUUGACUCCAGAUGGGUACCAAAAGCUUUUGGAUACUCUCGAUGAUGAUCUCAAGUAUGCCCUGGAGGUGGAAGGCAAGAUGAAGCAAUCAGACGUCUCCAACUACGACGAGAUUCGGGCGGCUAUCGUAGAAAAGUUGGAGUUCCUUCGCGACAACCCGCGAAUCAAGAGUAAACCGCUGAUUUAUCACUUGGACGUCGCAGCGAUGUACCCAAACAUCAUUUUGACGAACCGGUUGCAACCGGCGGCAAUGGUGACCGAGGACGUGUGUGCCGCAUGCGAUUACAAUCGUCCGGGCAAAAAAUGCUUGCGAGAGUUAGAGUGGGUUUGGCGCGGCGAACACUUUGCCUCAACCUCGAGCGAAUACGCGCAAAUCAAAGCACAGUUGCAAGUGGACACUUUCCCGGCGGCUGACCCUGGCGGCUCAUCGCGAACGUGGUAUGAGCUCUCCUACGAGGAACAGCAAGAGCAGAAGAAGAAUCGUCUCAAAAUGUACACGCAAAAGGUCUACAGGAAAGUCAUGGAGAAACCUGUGACCGCCACGAAGACGGCUGGUAUUUGUCAGCGGGAAAACGCGUUCUACAUUGACACUGUAAGAGCUUUCCGCGACCGUCGCUACGUGUACAAAGGAAAGAACAAAGAGGCGGGUAAACAGUUAGAGGCGGCGAAGCAAGCCGGGAGCAUCGCUGACAUUCAGCAAGCCGCCAAUAAUGUUGUGUUGUAUGAUUCCUUGCAGCUCGCGCACAAGUGUAUUUUGAAUUCGUUCUACGGGUACGUCAUGCGCAAGGGCGCUCGAUGGUAUUCAAUGGAAAUGGCUGGUGUUGUGACAAACACUGGUGCGAAAAUCAUUCAAAUGGCGAAACAACUCGUCGACGAUAUUGGUAUGCCUCUAGAAUUGGACACGGAUGGUAUUUGGUGCUGCUUACCGUGCGAGUUCCCGGAGGAUUACACGUUCACAAUGAAAGGCGAAGGCAAGAAGCCGUACCAGAUUUCCUACCCUUGCGUCGUCCUCAACCGAAUGACUGCGGUUCGUAACACGAACGACCAGUACCUGACGUUUGAUGAGAAGACGGGAACUUACAAGCAGAGCUCGGAAAUGAGCAUCGAGUUUGAGGUUGACGGACCGUACAAGGCGAUGAUUCUUCCAGCGUCGAAGGAGGAAGGUGUGCUAAUCAAGAAACGCUACGCGGUCUUUGAUGAAGCUGGGAAGUUGGUGGAGUUGAAGGGUUUCGAACUGAAGCGUCGCGGUGAACUCAAGUUGAUCAAGGUGUUCCAAUCUGAAGUGUUUGAUUACUUCUUAAAGGGCGAAACGUUGGAUGGAGUGUACCAAGCUGUCGGUGCCAUUGCCAACCGUUGGUUCGAUAUGCUCAAAACAAGAGGAGCGAAGUUCGACGACGAAGAGCUCAUGGAGUACAUUUCUGAAUCCAGCGUUAUGAGUAAGCCAGCGAUCGAUUACGGUGAUCGAAAGUCUACCUCACUCACCACAGCGCGACGCUUGGCACAGUUCCUUGGCGCUGAUCUGGUCAAAGACAAAGGCCUGGUGUGUAAGUACAUUAUCUCCAAGAAACCUCUUGGGGCUCCAACAUCGCAACGCGCGAUUCCUGUGAGUAUCUUCAACGCGGAAGUCUCUGUCGCAAGAUCUUUCUUGAAGGAGUGGACGAAAGACAACGACCUCUCAGGUGAAGAUGACGAGAUGCCGGAUAUGCGCGAUCUCGUCGACUGGGAAUACUACAAGACUCGUCUUGCUGGGGCGAUCCAAAAGAUUAUCAGCAUCCCAGCGGCGCUGCAAGGUGUCGAGAAUCCAUGUCCGGAUGUCAAACUCCCCGAUUGGCUGAAUAAGCGCAUUAGGGAGAAGAACGACAAGUUCGCUCAACAAGACUUGAAGAAGAUGUUCCGAGCUCAAUUCGCAGCUGGAGCGCCACUUGCCAAGAAGGAUCUGAACAUGUUGGACAUUGAAGACAGUUUCACGGGCACGCCCAGUCGCGCUCGCGCUCGAUCACUUCUCACGAACGGAGACGCACCGAGAACUCCUGAGCAGGUCGUGACGCCGAACGGUAAAGCUCCACGAACUCCUGGAUCCGCGAGCGCGACGGAGGCGCCGGACAGAGAGACGGAUUAUGAUGGUUGGCUGAAGUUUUACAAGGCGAAGUGGAAGACUUUGCGAGCAAACAUCAAGCGCCUGCGAGUCGAGGACGAGAAAGAACGCGCUGCGGCGGAAAGAGAAGGUGGGGUGGUGAGAAGAAGACGUAGAUCGGGAGCGAUCGGUCUCGAAUCGUUUGUGGAAUCGCGCGAAGAGACGAUCGCGCACUCCAUUAUGCACAUCAUUCAAGUCGAGGAGACGCGCACUCCCGGCGUGUUCGCCGUUUGGGUGUACGUGAACGGAGGCAUGCAGUCCAUCAAGAUUGAUAUUCCUCGACGCCUCGUGAUUGCAACCCGAGAGGCUGAUCCUGAGGGCGAAUUCGGCAAGGCGGACAAACAUCGAAUUGUCGCUUCGCUUCCACGCGGAUUCACGUCACCUCAUCUGUACGAAGUGAACGUCCCAGAGCGAACGCUAUCAGCCGGAGUAGAUAUCUCUGCGCUUCUCGCUGAUCCGAACGUCAUCGGAGUGUACGAAAAACACGUUGAUCUGGCGGAUAGAUUCAUCUAUAACGUUGGAUGUGUCAUGGCUGUGAAGAAGACGGAGCAAAAGCGCGCUCUUGAAAUCAGUGACAACACGUACUCCAUGGACAUGUUCCAGAUGAAAGCCACGGGGGAAAUCAGUUCGUAUCUUCCGAAACUCUGCCACAUAGGAUUUUACUUCGCUGGUAUCGCAGGCGACAAGGGUCGCGGUAUCUACGUGUUGCACAACAGUCGCGACGGUAGAGGAACGGUGAUUGUUCACCAGCCCGGUGGGCGAGCCGUUCGGGAAAUCAACCCCGAAGUUUGGUCCGAAUCACUUCGCUCCGCUCUUGGGCAAGAGCAAAGUGCCGAAGAACGAACUGAUUUCACCAUGGCUGAUGCGCAAAACUGGACCGUGUUGUACGCGAGGAACAUGGAGCAAGUUGGCAAGCACUUGAAUCAUGCUAUGGGCCUGUACAUGUCCACCACUUCUGGUGGCACCAUACUUCUCGUACAAGCUCCCGCAAACGCUGGUGUAGAUCCAUCACAAGAUGCGUCGUCGAUCAGACAAGGUUUAGCGGGUAGGCUGGGAGCGCUGAUGCCCGCUUCCGGACGGCUUCCUAUCGUGUUCAGGCCACCAAACUUGUCUGACUGCGAUUUGAACCAGGACGCGGCGCAAGGCUGGCAGCUCGACGUCGCGAAGACGGCCACCAUGCGUAUCACCGGUAACUCUGAGUGGUUACAGAGGUACAUUGAAGUUGCGAGCUACGCGCACAUUCCCAUCGGCAACUUGAAAUCAGAUUGGUGGGUGCACACCGCGGACACAUUUUUCGCUCGUUCACUUCAGGACGACGAUCAAGUUUUGUGGAGCGGACCAAGUGGCGAGCCCGAUCUCGGGGGUGGAGCGAGUGCAGUGUCGCUGAGCGGACUCGAUGAUACGUACGGGGCUACGCGCAUGGAAGUGAGUGCUCCUGGCGCGUAUCGCAGUGUUUGCGUUGAGUUGCAAGUGCAUCACCUCGCUGUGUGCGCCAUUUCCAAGUCUGGCAUUUUGAACGACCUCGAGCAAGGCGCAUUAUUGGGCUUUGAGACUGGCACUAAGGGAACGACACGUGUAGGAGGACACGAAUCCGCUGGAGCCUUCAAGACGCUUCGGAAGCUCGUAGAAAACUGGCUCAGAGACGCGACGGAUCGGCACAAUCAUUACGCCGAUGAGUUGCUGUCGCAGCUUCACCGCUGGCUGUUCAGUCCAUUUUCGGUGCUAAGAGAUCCGGCUCUGAAGAACCUGGUAGAACUCUGCAUGAAGAAGGUGUUCACACUUUUAUUGGCUGAGCUUCGAAAGCUCCAGGUGGACGUUGUUUACGCGGACAUGCGAAGAAUCAUAAUCGCAACGGGCAAACACGAUCUCGCGAGCGCCUCUUCAUGCGUCGAAGGUGUGACACAUGCGCUGCGUCAGCGAGAGCUCUUUUCUUGGCUUCAACUCGAUUCCGUCAAGCAAUGGCAUUCGCUUCUUUUCCGAGGACCAUUCGAUUACGCUGGGAUCACGGCCGCGUCGUUGCCGGGUGAGAGCCAGUGGCAAGACUCGAUUGCACCGAACGAUGCGUCGCUUGAUCCGUUGGCGUUUCAUAACAGUGAGGGUGCGCUGGACAUGCACUGGAACAUCGCGCGAUUCUUACCAGAGUCGAUUCAGGACCACUUCCAUGCUAUCGUGGGCGAGUUCCUGCUGUUGCCGUGGAAGUUCGAACAAAACGGAGGUGACGAGCCAUAUCGCGGACGAACUCCCGUCAAAUUCAGGGCAAUGGAGGACAGUGAAUCCGACGAUGAUUUGAACUGCGAUCUGAACUCUGCAUCUGAUGAUGAGCUGCCGAUGGCACAGAGGCACCCAGGCACGCCCAGCAUCGCUCACAAUAGUAGAGAUCUGGAGAACCUGGAGAACGAGAAGGUGAGCUGGUUGGUGAGACAGAUUGAUUCACACUUUUCGCCAAAGCUGCUCCGUUACGCGCAGGAAAUUCAAAAGGUUCUCGGCAUCCCGGGUCCGCGCUCGCCGGCUGAGCACCAGUUCCCGACGCCACCAGGCUCUCAUCUUUCGAAAGAGAUUCGAGGCACGCCUGCACUGGCGUUCGUCAAGACGGUGAUCGCGGUGCUGUCGCUCGAUGCUAGCGUUGCUGAUUCCGUGUCGCUUCUACGACGCAACGCAUUAAAGAUGAUUCGCGUGGGCGAGUUCGCCCCCGAGGCUGAGUUCAUCGAGCCGUGCGUCUCUUACACGCUCCGAGACGUCAUCUGUUCCGCAUGCUGCGACUGCCGCGAUCUGGAUCUGUGCCGCGAUCCCGAUCUCGCCGCUGGUCACUGGGCGUGUUCGUACCGUGACGAACAUGGAUUGCUAUGCGCUCAGCCGUACGACAGGCAGUGGGUCGAGGGCGCCCUCGUCGCCGAGGUGAACGAUCGAGUGCGCAAGUAUCAACUUCAAGAUCUCAAAUGCGUCCGCGACGGUCGCGUCAAGGUCGGUCACCUCGGAAAUAGAUGCGCGUGUGGCGGUUUGUUCACCUGCUCCGCCAAGGAUGGCUCGCUCGGCGACGACCUGCGCGUCUUCUCCAGCAUCGCCGAAGCGCACGAUUUCAACAUCCUCCGCGAAACUGUGAGCUGGGUGCGAUCGAACGCGUUCACGUGUGUACCUACGUCGUAG